AUGAGGUCAUCUGAGAAGCUAGAAAUCAGAGCUUACAUCAAAACAAGAGGUAGUCUGAAUGUUCCUGCAACCAAGAUAUUUUCUGAAAUGUGUGAAGUGUAUGGACGGUCUGCGGUGUCUUUGAGUACAGUUUGUCGUUGGUCAAAGACUUUCAACAAUGGUUCUACUGCUUCAGAAGAUUACUACAUAUCAGGAAGACCAAAAACUGCAACCACAAAAGGUACCAUUGCCGCUGUAAAGAAUCUCGUAGCCGAAGAUGGCAGAUAUACAUUACAAUAUCUGGCCAAAACAGUCGGUAUUUCAUCAGUGACAGUUAAUGAAAUUUUGACCAAACAUUUAAAGCUACGCAAGGUUUGUGCGCGAUGGGUCCCUCAUUUAUUGACACAAUAG